UUGACGUCCAAGAUGGCGGACGAAGAGGUCAAUAGACGGCCUUUCUCUUGUCCAGUUGGACCCCUCAGCGACCGUAAACUAAGCGCUGAAAAACUCCCAGGCACAAGACCAUUCUCAAUGGGUGCAAUGGAAGAAGGAGGUGAAGAAGAAAUGCCAGAUGAACUUCUAGAAGAGAUUUUGAUCGAGCGUGCAAAAGAAGGAGAGAGUCUUGCAAAAUUUCAACUCGGGCAGUUCUACUUCGAGCGGGAAAUCUAUGAUAAAGCUUUGAUUUCCUUUGAAAGAAUCAAGAGCACUGAUUUUCAAGCAAAAUAACAACUUGGAGUUAUGUACUAUGAUGGCAUUGGGACGAAGGCGAACCCGGAAAAAGGAUUUCACUUCCUCAAAGAAAUUGCACAGUCCAAAAGUCCUGAUGCAGCUCACCUCAUACCUUUUGCCCAGUAUAAUGUGGGAAGAGCUUAUUAUGAAGGGUUUGGUGUCAAACAGUCUGAUCUGGAAGCAGAGAGAUGGUUUCUUGAGGCAGCGAGAGAUGGUGAACCAACAGGCAGCAUCAAGGCACAAACAGUUUUGGGUUUGUUCUACUCCAGACCUGGUGAAGACUCUUUUGAUUUACAGAAGGCUUACUUUUGGCAUCAAGAAGCCACAGGUAAUGGGAGCCUGGAGUCACAAGGUGCAUUGGGGGUAAUGUAUGAAUAUGGUAUUGGUUUGCGGCGAGACGGAGAAGCAGCUUUCAAGUGUCUUAAAGAGGCAGCAACCAGAGGCAAUGUUUAUGCCCAAGGAAACUUGGCUGUUCAUUAUUACAGGAGAAAACUGUUGAAUAAGGCUGCAGAUGUAGCAAAAAGUGUUGGAGAGCAAGAGGACAUCGAAGGUCUUGCUCUUGAGACGGAUUGUCUACCACGCUACGUGGCUAAAGGAAUCGCUUUAGGAUGUUUUGUUUUUGCACGUUGUUUACAUCACGGCUGGGGAGUAGAGCAAAAUAGAGAGCAAGCAAAGAGAUGGUAUAGCAGGGCCGGUACCUUUGAUCUCGACGUAGUGGCCAGACUGCAAGACGAAAUGACUUAUGGUUACAUAUGACGUUUCGCCCACAAAACGUGACGUACAGAUGUGUUGCGAUAGUGUACAUGAUGUCAUCCUCAGCGAUUCGAUAGAACAAGUUCUCUGUCGCAUGGAAUAUUCGUGGAACGAUCAAAAGGGAGAGAGAACCUUGCUUGUUUCGAGCUUUUGUAGUCGUCAGCCAAGAAUGAAUAUACAAACAAAUUCACAGAUUGAACUGAACUUGAUUUUGCGUCUGGCUAUAAAUUUGCAAUUUCUUCUCGAAAGUGUGUGUUUCAUAUCCAUUUAAUAUAUUCUUGCUUACCCAAUGAAGCUAAGCGAGCUUUUCUUUUAAAUCUAUUCUAAAUUAUGUAAACUCAGACUAACGAUGCAUAUGUAUAUAGUUUGCUCCAGAGCAAAGUAAAUCAUAUAAAGUAUUUAUUUUGGUUUGCCUGUUUUUAGCUGAGUUAAAUAAAGUGCUCUGAAGCGAAAGAAGA